AUGGUUGGCGUCGGCGGACGUUCUAAGGCCUGCGCCAAUUGCUAUCGUCGACGCAUCAAAUGCGACGAGACUAAGCCAGAGUGUCAGAGGUGCAUCAAGGCAGACCUCAAAUGUGAAGGUCCACGUGAAACAACCUUUAUUCAGUACGAUAACCGGGGGAAAGGCCGCAAGCAAAUUAGAGUCACCAGAUCUACUGAAACCUUAACAGCGCUACCAACGGCCAGAGAUAUAUCUUGCGCCGGCGAGGGGGAGAAUUAUGCGCUCGUUUGGAGACCUCGGAAUAAUGAGGCUGUCUAUAAACCUGGUUCGAAGCACCCCGCUGGCUCUGCGUUCUCUUUGUCCAUGUUGGAAUUUCACCCAGGCCUCGGACUGCUGCCUCCGACCGACGAUAUCUAUGAAUGCUACACGAGGUUGAACCUGCUACAGGGCCAAACACACGAGCCACUGGUAGCUUCGGGCUUCAAUCGUAGCCUCUUGAAAAAGUGCUUCAACGCCCUCGCGACUACCUAUUUUGGUGCUAAACACCGGCAGGAAAAGCUGGUAAGUCACGGGCUGCAGCGCUACGGUAGCGCUCUGAGGGAUCUGAACGAAGCUCUGGGUGACAACGAGAAGAGGUCUAGAUAUGAUGUACUCGAGUCUGUACUGGUGUUGACCAUAUUUGAGUUCUUCAGUUCUCACAAAGAAGAUGGCUGGAUCAGCCAUUCGUGUGGACUUGAGCGACUAAUGGAAGUUCGAGGCGCGGAGUCCUUUGCAAAGAUGCCAGAACUUGUCGUAUUGGAGUGUUCCAGACCAGCUAUGGUGAUGGCCGCACUUGCCAUACGAAAGCCCUCUAUGUUUGCCAGGCCUGAGUGGAAGACAGUGCCGUGGAAAUCCUAUCCUGAGAGGAGAGACAUAGUUCAUGACCUUAUCGAGCACCUUGCCGAUGUCACAUUAUUAUACACAAUGAAGGACAGUUUGAAUGAAACCUUCUUUCAGAUCCAUGGUCUCGAAAGGUUCAACACGCUCAUACAACAGACUCUAACAGUGCUAGCGCAGUUCAAAGCUUGGAAAUGUCGAUGGGAUGAACUCCAUCCAGACUGCUUUUUCGAAAUCGAGGAUUCAACACCUUCUCCAACCGUACUCAAUAUAUAUGGCGACCCAGUACCGGCAUGGAGAACACUCACCAGAUACACGACCUUGUAUCAUGCCAACUGUCUAGGCAUGUACAACGCAAGCCUCAUCGUGGUGCUGAAGUUCUAUCAGGAACUCCUUGUUCUAGAUCCUUCGCGUCCACAUUCAGUACCAGACUUCCAAGAUCAGCUAUUUGAUACCGGAAUUGCUAUUUGUAGGAGCGUCGACUACCAUCUUGAGGAAGACAAGAUCGGAGCAGGUAGCUUUUAUCUCCUAUUUCCACUUCGAAUGGCCUGGGAUGCCGUCGGCCGAGAGCACCCAGAUAUAUCGCUGUGGCUGAAAUCCACACUGGCCAAGAUACAGGUCGGUUCCGCUGGUCAUUGGGGUAUGGCCGAGUAUCUGCUCGAGGUUGGGAACAGGACGAGUUCAUCGACUUGA